CGUUGAAGAAUCAUUUCACACUGAUUUAUUAUAGCACUCUAGCUCUCAUCAACCUGAAGAUAUGCAAUAUGGAGAAGUUACCGAAAAAACACACUGUUGACCUCAGGAAGAAACACAUUGGUUCCAACACCCAGUUGUUCUUCCACUCUGACCCCCUGAAGAUCGUGCGUGCCUCUGGCCAGUACAUGUAUGAUGAAGCGGGACAGGAGUACCUAGAUUGCAUCAAUAACGUCUGUCAUGUUGGUCAUUGCCACCCUGACGUUGUGAAAGCUGGCACAGAUCAGAUGGCGUUGCUGAACACGAAUAGCCGGUUCCUGCACGAUAACAUCGUCCUCCUCGCACAAAGACUCGUCACGACCCUGCCUGAAAAAUUAAGCGUUUGCUACUUUGUGAAUUCUGGAUCUGAGGCAAAUGACCUUGCCAUGCAGCUUGCCCAAAGUUAUACCAAGCAGAAAGACGUCAUUUCCUUAGAACAUGCGUACCAUGGUCAUGUCAUCUCACUGAUCAGCAUCAGCCCGUACAAACACAACAGCAUACAUGGUGAGGGAUGCCCCGACUGGGUCCAUAUCGCGCCCACUCCAGACACAUACCGAGGUAAAUUCCGCGACACCGAUUAUCCAGGCGAGAAUCUUGCAACAAGAUAUGCUAGUGAGGUCAAGUCGUGUGUGGAGAAAAUUGAAAAGGAGGGCCGUGGUGUUUGUGCAUUUUAUGCCGAGUCACUUCAAAGCUGCGGUGGACAAGUGAUACCCCCACAAGGAUACUUCCAACAAGUUUACAAGAUCAUCCAUGAUGCUGGAGGAGUGUGCAUUGCUGAUGAGGUGCAGACCGGGUUCGGCCGUGUUGGUACACAUAUGUGGGCUUUCCAGGCGAAUGACCCUGAUCUUGUGCCCGACAUUGUUACCAUGGGCAAGCCGAUGGGCAACGGGCAUCCACUGGCUGCUGUCAUCACAACCAGGGAGGUGGCCAGUGCUUUUCAGUUGGAAUAUUUCAACACCUAUGGUGGUAAUCCUGUAUCAUGUGCAAUUGGUCUUGCUGUCCUCGAUGUGAUUGAGAAGGAGAGUUUGAUGAAGAAUGCCAUCAAAGUGGGCGAUUACCUGUAUGGCAAGUUUAAUGGCCUCAUGAAGAAACAUGAAAUCAUCGGGGAUAUAAGGGGUAUUGGUAUGUUCCUCGGCAUCGACCUUGUGGUGGAUCGUCACACCCGAGAACCAGCUACUGCUGCAGCAAAGGAGGCUAUCUACAGAUUGAAAGAGGAACAUGUCCUGUUCAGCGCUGAUGGACCGCACAGCAAUGUCCUCAAGUUCAAGCCUCCCAUGUGUUUCACCAUGGAAAACGCUGAUUUCCUUGUGGAGAAGCUGGAUAGAAUUCUUGGGAAAAUCUGCCAGGACAAGAAGGAAAAGCGACUUGUUAACCUCGAGAAACGAAAGUUAGAGAUUCGUAGCCAUCCGACUGAGCCAAAGAGGAUCCGACUGGAAAGUUAAGAUGGCUGGACACUUUGACAUUCUGGAAAGUGUUCUUGACUGUGUUCGUGCGCUUUCCAAGUAAGAGAAAGUCAUGAAAGUGAAUUGAAUUUUGGAGUAUGAGCCUCCGAAAUCCAAUUGAAUGGAGACUGAUGACUUUAAUACUUGUGAACUGAAUAAUCUAGAAAGCUUUUGAUCUAAUAACUCUCUGAGGGAUUAGAUCAAAAGGGAUGGAGGAGUAUGGUAUUGUAUCUGUUUUCCUCUCUGAGGGAUUGGAUCAAAGGGGAUGGAGGAGUAUGGUAUUGUAUCUGUUUUUCCUCUCUGAGGGAUUGGAUCGAAGGGGAUGGGGGAGUAUGGUAUUGUAUCUGUUUUUCCUCUAUGAGGGAUUAGAUCGAAUGGGAUGGGGGAGUAUGGUAUUGUAUCUGUUUUUCCUCUAUGAGGGAUUGGAUCGAAGGGGAUGGGGGAGUAUGGUAUUGUAUCUGUUUUUCCUCUAUGAGGGAUUAGAUCGAAGGGGAUGGGCGAGUAUGGUAUUGUAUCUGUUUUUCCUCUAUGAGGGAUUAGAUCGAAGGGGAUGGGGGAGUAUGGUAUUGUAUUUGUUUUUCCUCUAUGAGGGAUUAGAUCGAAGGGGAUGGGCGAGUAUGGUAUUGUAUCUGUUUUUCCUCUAUGAGGGAUUAGAUCGAAGGGGAUGGGGGAGUUUGGUAUUGUAUUUGUUUUUUCCUCUAUGAGGGAUUAUAUAGUGUAGGAAGGGGAUCAGCAAUUGGGUGAGAGUGGGUUAAUCUAUAUUGAUCUGCUUUUUUAAUGUUCCUCUUUGUAUACAUUUAAAAUAUCAUUCCUUAACUUCCAUUACUUAGCUCAUAACUUAACUUAAAUAAGCAAUAAUCAAUGCAAUCUGGCUUACUACAGGGUGGCCCAGAAUUAUUUUCCUAUGGACAAUAGAAUUCUUUUGUGUAUCCAUUGUGUGAGGCAUUGUCUUUCUGGCUUGCAAGUCAUAUCUUGCAGUGGUAAUAAUAUCAUGGUGUGUUUCAUUCAGACUGUAUGCUUGACAAAGUACUCUACCAUGAUUUGGCUAUGAUUUCAAUGUGGGCUCUCCACUGUAUGAAAAUGGAAAUUCAAAUUUCGGGUCCCUUCCUAGAAAAACGUCUCUUUUUGAGUAGAUAUGUUUUAAACGAAGACUUGAAAAAGCACAGAAUAUAUUAGAGAUACUAUAGAGUUUGUUAAAUGUACUUUCACUCCUAUCACUACUUAGGAGUAUGUAUCCAUUUCAGUGGUUUUCCCAUUACAUUGUUACCAAUGAAAAAAAGUCAAACCUUUCAAUUAAAGUGCCAUAACAUUUAUAA